AUGAAGACCCUAUACCACACACACAAUGUUUUACCACACCAGUGUAGCUCCACCCUGGUCCAGACCAUAGACGCGCCACUGGCUCGAGUGUGGUCCUUUGUCCGACGCUUCAACGAGCCACAAGGCUACAAGCAGUUGAUCAAGAGUUGUAUCAUGCAUGAUGGUGAUGGGGGUGUGGGAAGUGUCCGCGAAGUCACGGUGAAGUCCGGCUUACCGGCUGAGAGAAGCAUAGAGCGGCUCGAUAUGCUUGACGAUGACAUGCAUGUCAUGGUGUUUAGCAUUAUUGGUGGUGAUCAUCGACUCUCGAACUAUCAGUCUACUUUGACCGUCCAUCAAGAGGAUGGCGGUGGUAAGACGGUGGUGAUCGAAUCCUACGUGGUGGAUAUACCGGACGGUAAUAGCAAGGAGGAAACCUGCUGGUUUAUUAAUACAAUAGUAAGGUGUAACCUUAAGUCUUUGGCUGAGAUUGCAGAGGGUAGGGUUCGUAGAAGAUAG